UGAUAGCUGACCUCGUACCUACACUCCCUUCCAGCUGGCGACACACGUAACUCUAUUACUCUCCCUGUCAUGGCGACACACGCAGUUCUCGGCAUCAUCUUGCUUAUUCUCGUUAGCCACACAUCUGCCAGAUCACCUUUCAAAGUGGUAGACUGCAGUCAAAACAAGACGCGCGAGCUGUUCUCCAUCACAGAUGCCCAUCUGGAUCCGAAGUCGGUAGCCAUCCCAGGCAACCUCACGGUAUGGGGAUCGGUCAACAUCUCGGAGCCCAUCGAGGGCAACAUCACGUUGGACCUGAUGAUCGAGAGAAAGCUGGGGUUCUUUUGGCUGGAGAUAGAAAGCGACAAGUAUGACUUUUGCGACCUGAUUGGCCCUGAUGUCAACAAGACCGUGAAAUGUCCGAAACAGUUAGCGGAGAAUGACAUCCCUUGUGAGUGUCCCUUCCCACCGGGUACAUAUGCACUGAAGCAUCACGAGCUGUUUACCAUAAAGAAGAUAAGCAAAAGUCUCCAGUGGUUAGUGAAGGGCGAUUAUCGACUGACUCUGAAGCUAGAGGACUCUGGUACGGAUGACGAACUGUCUUGUCAGCAGAUAUAUGUAUCGAUAAGAGAUGGAUCUCCGCCAACACCAAAACCAGAGUGCAGUUUUCUAGACUGUAUAUUUGGAUGAAGACGACAACAUGAGGACAACUAAACGUUGUAGGGAGAUCAAGUGAUCGUUAAUACACAUGGAAAGGGGUUUGUCGCUUUCAUUUAUCUCAAUGUGUCUUUUAUAUUAAAAGAAAUCGUUAAUGGAAAAAUGCAACUUA